CUCAUACUAUAUUCGACAGUGUGUCCUUGCUUUUUUUUUGUUCGUUUCGUUUGUCCCAUGCAAUCUAUUCUCACAUUUCAAGAUAAAGCACUCGCUGCAUUGAUGCAGGUGAAAGAGAAAAAAGGGAUCUAGGGAUCAUUACCAUUUCGCGAAUGUUUUUCCUUUCUAUCCCUUUCAAGAGCAUACCAGCUGUAUGCUCCUUCGGAGGUUUCGCGACGCGGGUUGAUCACAUUCCAUAUGACUGUUGACACACAGCCUAGAUGCUUUUUAUUUCGUAACUUUCAACUUCGGAAGCAACAUCUUGGGCACGAGACACAUCGAUAUGUUUUGGAUCUUUGGCCUUCAUCUUCUUGCUAUUUUAUUAUCUGCAAAUCUACAAGCGCAAUGUGAGGUGUUUGAAGUUCGAAGUCAUGCCUCUUGCAUGACCGACACUCCAGACGAUUUACUUCUUCAAGAACACCAACGAUUGGGCCUAGCGGAAUCUGGUAAUGGGACGACUGACUCAGAAAAUAGAGAAAUACUGGCGACAAUCUACGUCGAUAUAUGGUUCCACGUUAUUAGUAGUGAAGCGGCGGCUAAAAUGGUCUCAGAUGAAAUGGUCCUUGCUCAGCUCUCAGCACUACAAAAUGCAUACAAAAGCGCAUCAAUAUCAUAUCGGCUACAGGGUGUCACCCGCAGCAUCAAUGACACAUGGGCCCGCAACGGAGAUGACUUGGAAAUGAAAAAAAACCUUCGCAAAGGAAGCUAUAGUACUCUCAAUAUCUACUUCCAGACGGGUCUCCAAGCAAGUCAUGAAGGAAAUGGAAGACUCAUUCCUUACGACAUUGACCGACAAAGUGAUCUUUCGACCGGGUUGACCUCGCUUGUUUUAGGGUUUUGCACGAUGCCGGAUCCCAAGAUAAAUGCAAGCAGCCCGCGUCGUGAUUAUGUCAAGGAUGGGUGUAAUGUGCUUGCUAGAACAAUGCCAGGUGGUCCUUUGACAGGCUACAAUCAUGGUGGCACUGCAAUACAUGAAGUUGGACACUGGAAUGGGUUAUUACAUACAUUCCAAGGGGAGUCUUGUUCUCCUGAUAAUGAUGGUGAUUAUAUCACAGAUACUCCACAGGAGGCUGUACCAACACAAGGAUGUCCUUCAGAGAAGAAUUCAUGCCCAAGCUGCCCUGGUUUAGAUGCCAUCCAUAACUUCAUGGAUUACUCUUCAGAUGAGUGUUAUGAGAGCUUUACGCCGGGGCAGAUAAGGAGAAUGAGAAGUAUGUGGUCAGCUACCAGGGAAGGCAAAUAAAUCAUGAAUUAUACUGUCAAGAAGCUUCUUUAUUGUUGUACGAGAGAAAUGUAUUAGCAUUCGCCUGAGUAGAAAGCUCAACAUAAUCGAUUACAUUAAGGCCAAGGCUUUCUAAGUGAUAUUAGCUUAUCUCUAGACUGCAAUUCUUUUGCCUUCUUAAGGACACUGAAUUGAAAAGAACAACAGACUUG